UGCUGGCAGUUGUGAUAAAUUUACAGAAAGCAGCCGUGAUAACGACAGAAGACGGAGGAGACGCAAACUACUCUCGCUGGGAACACAGAAUACUUGCCAGUGCCGUCGACAAGAAAAGAUUGGAUGAUGAAAGAAGAUCCUAAAUGCAGUGAACCUGAUCCUAGCAGACACCAGACACAGAUAAAGGCAUGGAAGUUCUGGGACUCAAUCAAGAUCGCUGCCUUUAUACUGGGCCCUGGCCUGCUCAUGUUUGUUGCAUUCAAGAACUCAGUCACGUGGCACCUGCAGAAAUUCUGGGGAGCCUCUGGCUUCUUCUGGCAGACCCAGUGGGAGAAUCUGCACCACCUACUAGGGGGAAAUGAAUGGCUGAUUUUUUUAUUAGGCACUGCUGUAGUCCCUGGCCUUGUUUUCUGGAGCUUCAAUGGAAUCUUGAUGGUAGCCGAUGUGACUGGGAAGCCAAGCUUCAUUACACGAUACCGCAUUCAGUUGGGGAAGAAUGACCCUGUUGACACAGAAAAACUGCGCAGUGCCAUCCAUACAGCCUUGUUCAAUCAUUUUUUCAUUUCUCUGCCCAUGUUGAUCCUCAUGUUGCCUAUCAUGAAAUGGAGUGGGGAGCCAUGCAGUUUGCACCUGCCCACCUUCCACUGGUUUCUUCUUGAGCUGGCCACCUUUACCCUGCUAGAGGAAAUUCUCUUCUAUUACUCUCAUCGGCUUGUUCAUCACCCUCUCCUCUAUAAACACAUACAUAAAAAACAUCAUGAAUGGACUGCUCCAGUUGGCAUAGUCUCAGUCUAUGCUCAUCCAGUAGAGCAUGUGGUUUCCAAUACACUGCCUGUGAUCACUGGCCCAAUCCUCAUGGGAUCGCAUGUUAUAUCAAUCAUGAUGUGGCUCUCUCUUGCCCUUCUGAUUACCUCAAUCUCUCACUGCGGCUACCAUUUACCUUUCCUGCCUUCACCAGAAUUCCAUGACUUCCAUCAUCUCAAAUUCAAUCAGUGCUAUGGAGUCUUGGGGGUGCUGGACCACCUACAUGGAACAGACACAUUGUUCAAGCAAACGAAGGCCUACGAGAGACACACUGUCCUGUUGAGCCUCACGCCCCUUACAGAAAGCAUCCCCGAUUCCUGUAAAAAAUUAGAAUGACCCAUCCUUUAUUGCAGCUUAGUUUCUUCACCAUCAUCCAGAUAAUCACAAGAAUCAGGAGAUGGGUUAUAUCAGAUUUUCUAAUGAGGUACACAAUUGCCAAGAUAAUAUUGUAGCAGGUUUCAAGUAUCCUUUGGUAAGAGACAGAACUAAGCCUAUAAUGUUGUGUUCUGGUGCCCUGGACCAACUAGCCAGCUGCCCUUUGUUGCCCAGGACACAGUGCAGAAUUACAAGCCCUUCAGCAAAAGAAACACGAACCCAGAGUUGUUUGCUAAACACAAAACCUUUAUCCAACGCUCCAACAAACAUUGCUUAUCUCCUAUUACCCCCCACACAAAGUGUUCAGUGCUUGUGGGCUUUAUGCCCGGCCAACUGAUUAGCUGCAGCUGUGUGGCCUUACAUUGUUAACCCCUUUCUACCACGAGGAAUGUUUCUGCAACAACCCUCAACAUAUAAUGUGGCCUUUGAUAACACUCAAAGGAUGACACUCAUGUUUGGAGUGCUCCAUGGUAGAAGAGGAAUGAUGCCAACUGCUGCAGAAAUGGCUGUGGUUGAUCAUGGAAACAAAACAGCUGGAAGCAUAAUAACAUUAUUUGCUGGAGAGGACAGGAUAUACUUUCAAGCAUACCAAAAACCAGUUACUGUCACAGAAUUCCAGGUUAUGAUGAGCCAGAAAUUCAGCCUGACCCAACAAACAACCAAGAGCAGGUGCUCUGGGAGCAUUUGGGAGCUGAAGCUAAGCAGGGUCAGGUCUGGUCAGUGCCUGGAUGGGAGACUGCCUGGGAACCAUAUGUAAGCCGCCUUGGGUUUCAGUCAUGAAAAGAAAGGCGGGGUAGAAAUGUAAUAAAUAAAUGUAUCCCUAAUCUUGGAGAAAAGCAACUAGUUGGCAUCUUUUAGCCUUUGGACAACCCACAGUGACUCCUGAGGACUGAAAUCACUCAGAGUACCAAGCUGAAAGAUAAGUCCUACGCUGCAAGGCAUCAUAUUGUUCACUGUCUUGUGUUGCAAAACAUAAUGGUAAAAAUGGGAAAAGGGAGAAGUCAUUAGAAAGCCAUGCCUCUCCAAGUAACUGCUGAAGAUUUCUGAGAAAGUAGAACUAAUUAGCAUAGCCAAAGAGCAUGAUGAUGAUCUUAUGCUAGGUAAACUUGUAAUUAGUAUAAGUAGCUGUUUGGAAUAGGAGGCAAAUGCAACAUGAAACCAUUCUUGCCUUGUUGUCAAAAAACAAUAGAUGAGGUGAUAAAUAUAAGCACUACUCCAAGCAGAACAUACACAAAAGGCUCACCCUAUGAUAAAAUAUUCCUAAGCACAGCUAGCAACUAUUAAUUCUAGGACAAAGCCAGGCUAUAACCCUUUCUCUCCAACAUUUAGUUUUCUAUGUGCAAGUUAAUAUUUUUUGUAUGGAGGACCAUUUAGCUAUGUGACUCUACAACUAGAAGUAGCACAGAUAUAGAUUGCCUAUUAGGCUAAUUUUUCAUUUUUGGAGAACAGUUGAAAUAACUGAGGAAAUCUUGCUGAGGGUAUAAAUGGACAUUCAACUUGGGAGCUCCAUAAAAAAUGUCUGCUGCAUGUCAAGCCCCAUCUUGCUGAUAACAUUUUAGGGAUGCUUACCCUGUCUUUACAUCAUCAUAUCACAUUUCCUAGUCCUCUGGUCCACAUGUGCCAUUAGUAGAAAUGGUCUGAUGACAGAAACAAAGAGUAUGCAAACUACAAGGUCAUUUGAGGUUUUUAUUUUUAUACAUUUUUUGUAUUAAAAAGGAAAAAGUGUAAUUACCACAAAUUACAAAGGACUAAAGCACUACUAGAAUAAUGAGUCACAUCAGCCUAGAAAGCAGAUACUCUGAAUAAUAUUACUGUUUAUAGUACAGGCUCUCAUUCAAGUAUUUUACCAUUUCCCCCCUCUUUCCCCCCCCCAUGUGAUGAUGAUCCUAGCACAUGGGUUAAGAUAUACAUACUAUUAACAGGAGAUGGGAUUGUGUAUGGUGGGCCAUAUUAACAAGAUCUUUUCCUCUAAGGUGAUAUAUGGUAACAGUUGGUUUAAAAUUUUCUUAUGAAUAAAUACAGCUGAAAGUGAUUAUAAA